CUUCAGUACAUCCGGUUUAUUUUGGACUAUCAAAAAAAAAAAGAAAUGUGAUUUUUCCUGUAAUGCCAUUGACCCUGAACGGAAAUGUCUGCUAACUUAGACGAUGAAGAAGAUGAUUAUAUGUCUGAUGCCAUCCUAACAAAAUGUACAGAAACCAGACCAGGCCUUGUAUCAGCCAACAUUGCAAGAAUUCAUAAAGUAGAGAAGAAAAUUAAAGAAUCUAAUGUUAAGAAUAUUGUAAAACCAAAGUCUGUAGUAGAGCACGAGAAAAGAGAAGAGGGUUUACAAGCAGCCAUCAAAAGUGACAAUAAAGGAUUUGCUUUACUAGCAAAGAUGGGAUAUAAACCAGGAAUGGGGAUUGGUAAACAGGGUGAAGGAAGAAAAGAACCUGUUGGUAUAUAUGUUAAAACAGGUAGAGGUGGUUUAGGUGCUGAAGCAGACAGAAAAAGGCGAAAAGAGCAGUGGACUACAAUGAGAGCCAGUCGUCUUAUCAAAAGACAGAAAAUGGAAUCCAAUUUGAAAAGAGAUUUUCAACAGAGAAUGAGUAGUAAAUUCACUGAUGGUAAAGCAGAGAGAGAUAUGAUAAAAAGUCAGAAAGUUUGUGAACAACUAGAUUCAGAAAUGGGUACAACAAUUCCAGAUGAAUGGUACUUCUGGCCUAAAUCAAUGUUGCCAAAAAAGAAAAAGAAAAAUGAAACAGAGACAGGGUUAUCAUUUGAGGUAGUAGAGGAAGAAGAGGAUGAUGAUGAAGAUGAAGAAGAAGAAGAGGAAGACUUUUUAACAAAUCAAGAGAAACUUGAAGCACUUACAGCCUACCUUAGAACAAUACAUCUCUACUGCAUAUGGUGUGGCACCAAAUUUGAAGAUGAAGAUGAUCUGUUAACAAAUUGCCCUGGUGACACAGCUGAUGCUCAUGAUGAAUAGUUAUAGUACAUAUCAAAGUAUGGGUACUUAUCCAAAGGUCUUUGUGUAUUAAGGAUACCACUUGGUUGGAGGCCAAUGCGUUGGAAUGUGUCAGAUAUUAUAGACAAGGCAUUAUGAAUCGAGUUUAUGUGAAUUUUAAAAGACAGGACACUUCUGUGAUAAUAAUCUUUUAUAAAUAAAUGCUAUUAAAAAUA